AUGCAUCCGAACUCCGACGAUGCCAAUCGGCCAAAGCCACCUGUUCGCGCAGAAUAUGCGCACGAUGCUCAACAAGAACCUUUCUUGCCCAAAGUACCAGCACGAAUGGAUGUACCUGAACAAAACACAUCAACUUUGUCGCGGCAGACUGAAUGUACUUGCAAUUAUAAUCGUUACGCUACGAAAAAGACAAUUAGUCACGGUUUCUUAGAAUUUGCUUUGCUCACUAGUAAUGCAAUGCAGUUACGAACAUUAAUCACUCAAAAGCAACGAGAUGGAAUUUGGGUUGCUUCUCUCAUUCUCGUUUGUGUGUCGAUACUCGCACAAAUAGGCUUAGCAUUUCUUCUCACUGUCGUCGGCAAAGGUAACAUUCAAAAUCCACAAAAACAAAUCAGAUUAGAACGAACUGACGACGAAAAAACGAAAAGCAACAGUUCAAUGAGUCAAUCAACUGUUCGACAUUCCAAUCCAUUUUGGAUCGAUGAAAAACAUGAAUUCAUUUCAAAUCUAUUAAAACAUCCGCGAAUCAUUCAUGCAGAGUCAGCAGCCAACAAUGAUGAAUAUGAUGUUGUUAUUAUCGGCACGGGUUAUUCAGGCAUUUCAUGUGCUUAUUGGCUACGGAAAUUGUAUCCUGUUGAGCGUUUUCCACGAAUACUGUUAUUAGAGAAAAAUGCUCGACCCUGUUCAGGUGCAUCUGGUCGUAAUGGUGGUUUUCUUUGGCCAAGCUAUGAUUACUUAGCAGGUUAUGUCGAAGAUUUUGGCUAUGAAAAUGCCUGUCAAUGGGUAGAUUUUCAGCAUGAAAAUAUUCGACAAGUAGCUGAGGCUAUCAAAGAAAAUCAUAUUGACUGUGACGUUAAUUUAACACGUGGUAACGCUGCUCUCGCUCGGAACAGUGAAGAACUGAAACUCAUUGUUCAAUCCUACGAUAUUAUUGAAGAUUAUAUCAAGAAACAUCCCGAAUCAAAAAUGACGAUGGACAACAUCGAAUUUUGGGACGAAAAGAAAUGUCAAGAAAUGUUGCAUUCGGAUAAAUUUAUCGGUGCAAUGUUCAUGCGUGAAUCGGGAACUGUUUGGGUAGCGAAACUUGUCUAUGGACUAUUGAAAUACUGUUUAGAUCAGCCUGGUGUGGAUUUAAUUACACAAGGUAAAGUUGUUCGUAUCGAAGAUUCGAAUAAAAUCAUUCUGGAGAGCGGUCGAGUGAUUAUGGCUCGACAAGCUAUCGUUCAUGCAACGAAUGCAUAUGCUGUUGAAUACCUUGAUUUUGUUCGAGGAAAACUUAUCCCAACACGUGGACAAUGCAGUCUUUCAAAACCAAUGGAGAUUAUCUUCUGGCCAUUUGGCUUAUCAGCAAAUGACGGAAGAGAAUAUUAUCACCAAUCGCCAAAGGAUGGCCGAAUUAUGUUAGGUGGUUGUCGAUGGAGAAGUCCUGAUACGGAACAUCUUAAUCAAAAUGAUUCCGAAAUUAAUGAACUGAUUCGCGAAGAACAUCAACGAUUUUUUAGCCAAUGGCAUCCAGGCAUUGUAGCAAACGAUCACACAGUCGAAAUCGAACAAGAAUGGACAGGUAUCAUGGGAUUUACUGUUGAUGAACUACCAUUCGUCGGGCCAUUACCAGGUGACAACAAACAAUUCUUGCUAUGUGGUUACAAUGGAAACGGAAUGCCGAAUAUAUUCUUAUGCGCGAAAGCUAUCGCUCGAAUGAUUGCAAAUGAUGAUCCUUACAAGGAAGGGAAAGAGAACCAUACGGUUACUUUUCUUAAAAUGUUUUUACCAGAACGGUUUCUCAAUUCAACAACGAAAGAUUCAUCAGUAUCCGAAAGCUGA